AUGGAGGAGGACAAGGACGAGGACGAGGACAAGGACGAGGAUGAGGACGAUGGGGAGGACGAUGACGAGGACGAGGAGGAUGAAGAGGAUGAGGACGAGGACGAGGACGAUGAGGAGGAGGAUGAGGAUGAGGAUGAGGACGAGGAUGAUGAGGAUGUGGAUGAUGAUGGCGAUGAAGACGAUGACGAGGACGAGGACGAGGACGAGGAUGAUGAGGAUGAGGAUGAGGACGAGGAUGAGUACAAGGACAAGGAGGACGAGGACGAGGACGACGACGAGGACGAGGAGGAGAACGAGGACAAGGACGAGGACGAUGAGGAUGAGGAUGAGGAUGAGGAGGACGAGGACAAGGACGAGAACGAGGAUGAGGACGAGGACGAGGACGAGGAGGAGCAUGAGGAGAAAGAAGAGGAGUGA